UUCUCCUCUCAGCACAGGAGAGACGCACUUUUUUGUAUUAUUAUAGCUUCAUGCUCUCCUGUCCUGACCUCUCUGGCCCUCAUUAUGCCAAUUAUUAAGUAUCCUUUUUUGAUUGAAUGUGUCUAACCCUUUUAAACAAUUGAUUUUUUAAAUGAUUGUAGACCAUCGAUUGAAUUGUUCUACUUUGUAAUAGGUUCUAACUAUUGCUAAAUCUGAAUCCAGUAGGCUAUAUGUACCGCGGUUAAGACCAAAAAAAUCAAACCUCUGUUCCGUUUUUUGAACAAUAAUAACUCAAAAUAUUCGACUUGCGUUAUUCGACUUUGUGUGUUUUUUAUAAUGUGUUUAUGAUAUUUGACAUUGGUGAGGAAGCGAUAUCUGUAUAGCCUGCUCUCAACGCGAAAGCCCAUCAACAUCCUGGGUUCCCCUGUCAUCGAUCCCAUGAUGCAUUGCUGCUGAACAGACUAAAGUUUCCAGUUAAAAUCGAGUUGAAGAAGAUACUGGCAUAUUCCUGGUGAACUGUGAACAGAAUACUCAUAGGGAUGUCUCCACGAAUGGAAGACGUCAUGCGCCUCUGCUGUGAUGUCUCGGCUCAGCAGAACAUUAAUAUUACAUUUCGGCAGUCUACCAAAGGAGCUAUGAUGGCUGGAGGGUGUGCCUUAAUAGGAGGGCUGCUUGGCGGGCCACCGGGAAUAGCCGUCGGCGGUGCUGUGGGGGGCCUGAUGGGCUGCUGGGCGACGGCGGGGGAGUUCCGGCCCCUGCCCCAGGUCCUGAUGGAGCUGCCUCCCAGCCAGCAGAAGAAGCUCACCGCCUCCGUCAUGGCCAUCCUGAGCAGCCUGGACUGGACGGAUGUGGCGCAGGUCGUCGCUUUGGUGAUGGGCAACGCCACGCUCCAGCAGCAGGUGACCGCGGCGCUGCUCAACUACGUCACCAAGGAGCUGAGGGGGGAGGUCCGUUACGGAGCUUGAGCACAGAGAGAUGGCCCCAACCACGGCUUGGUCCUCCGGCCUACAUCCAGGAUGGACAGAUGUCUUCAGCAAGACUGUGCUAUGCCGCUAUAUUUACAUUAUAUAGCCGUCUAUAGCCGUUUGUUGAAUGUGCCUAGAACGGGUUAACUGGAAUUUAGAAGUACCCCUGUUUUACCACCAAGGGAUGUUGAUGUUGAUGACCCAAUGGUGAAAUCACUCAUGGGGGUUUCCACCCAGAUGUAUGUCAUCCUACCAGCCUAGCUGACUGGAUCACCUGGUAGGCUGGUAGGCUACCUCCCAGAUGUGAUGAUCCUGAGGGUUGGUCAACUCAAGUCUUGGGCAUAUCUCCAAAAACAACACAGGUGGCUGGCACAAGCCAGGUAUCCGAGUGCUGCAUAAAAAAGUGAAUUAGUUGCAAUUAAAUAAUCCACAGACUACUAUUGUGGCUUGGCUGAGGCUAUAUCUGCUUCAGUGGUUGUUAUUGUGUUUAGUUUGUAUCAGACUGAUGAAGCACUUUAAAUGAUACUUGUGGUACCAUAGUUUAAGGCUUCACCUGGAUGAGUUUAUAUAUGACCAUAUGUUAUUCUAUAUGGUUCAUAAUGUAGCAAGUAUUAUACAUUUAAUACCAUUUGAUCAUAUAUAUACUUCAGUACAAUUCUCCUUGACCAUUUAGUUUUAAAGAUACAUUUAGUCUUACAUUGGCUUUGUUGAUCUAGUUGAGUUAUGAGAACAGGAAGCACCUCCACAGGGUUUUCAGUAAAGGAGAAGUCUGGCAUGUAAAAUAGUCUGGAAGGCAUCUUGACCUCAAUGAUAACAUCUACAUUACAGCACAUUACUUUGAACAGUGGCGCAACAGAUUUUGCGAUGGAGUUUUCUGAUUGCUUUUAAUUUCCUUCCCUUUUAUUUGAAGACGAUCAUGUUUUAAUAAAUACUUAGUGAAACACUU